AUGUCCAGUGGCUUUAUUUUGUCUCUGUAUUCUGCAGACCAACAGAUCAGGAGUACGCUUAAGGCACUGUGCACCUAUUCCGAUCCCGAGACGUUCUGUUACAGUGCUAGCACCAUUCCCACUCAUGCAACAUGGACACGUCUUCCAAAAGCCACCAUCUGGAGUCGAACACUCUGCCUCAGUUCCCCUCUCAAAAUUGUUGUCAUUGGUAUCAUUUUCUACACUCCUCCACCAUCCCGACCAGAUUGGUUUGAACUGACAAUCGAUCUACUGCAAACGAUCGACCGUAAGGCCAUGGCUCAUAUGCUAUGUGCAUCAUUAAAAGACCUGUUCACUUUCACCACUGUUGCUGACGAGUUGUUCGAUGACAUGUUCGAUGCACGCACUUCACUGCGGAAAUAUCGUCACGAAUUUCUGAAGACAUCCGACAUUGUCACGCUGCAAUUCAUGCUCGUCCAAGUGCCCAAUGUCGCGUACCUCAUUUGA